GCGCCGUCUGAGAGGAAUGUUGUUUCAGUCCUCAAACCACGCUGUGUUGGAAGUUGUCAAACGAUUCUGUCAAAGUGCACAAUAGUAGGCCUACAAGUGCUCUGUCCAGGGGGGUGGUUCACUUUUCACGAGUGGUAGUGGCGUGGCGCCUGUUGGCUGCUGAGGUGAGUAUCCUGAACCCCCACCGUCAGAUUAAUAAGUGUUCUAGCUGACGUCACCGGUAUUUAAUGCGGCUCUCUGCGGGAUAACGGCUUGGGCGUGUGGGCGCGUGCCUAAUCGUUUAAUUCAACCGUGAUCGCUUUGGGAUUGUUCGUGUCUCCGGGAUGGGGAGCACGGGGGCCGAGCCGUGCAAGAAGAGAGACGGCAAGAAGAGGCUGUGCAAAAAGAAGAGGACGAUGCGGCUCAACAUGCCGGACCUCUGCUCUCUCACCAUGCCCUUCCAGGAAGGAGAGACGGGCAAUUCCGAUAAAGAUGGUUUACGCAAGGCAGACGGAGAGGCCUGUGUCCGCUCGGCCAGCCCCACACGGGGCUUCCGACAGCGGGCCCCAUCUCUGGGGGCCCGUCCCUCCAGCCCCCGGCUGGCCCCCGCCCGGACCUCCGAAAGCAACAAGCCCGGCGCCGGCCCCCCGAAGACCGUCUUCCCUUACCCGGUCAGCCGGGGCCCGCAGAACCCCCCCAGCAAGGCCCCACGAAGACUGAGUUUCUCAGGGAUCUUCAAGUCCUCCCGGGAUUCGAACCAGCAAACCCAACAGCAAAGCACCUCCUCGGCCUCCUCCUCCUCCCCUGUUAGCAUCAAGCUCUUUUCCCGCAACAGGAGGGACAAAGCACGCGAAACUCAAGAAGAAGCGGCGGCGGCGGCCAUGAAGCGCCUGAGCCACCUGAUGAUGAAGAAAUGGCGGGAGACGGAGAGGUGGAAGGAGAGGAGGUGCAGUGAGCCCUGCGGCAGUGCGGAGCCGGAGGAGAAGAGGAGAACCAGAGAGGCCGAGAGCGCUGGGGGAGAGGCGGAGAGUGACAGCCAGGGACAGGCAGGAGGGGGGCACAGGGGGCGUGACAGCCAGGGGGGGACGCCGGGGGGGGACGGGGGCCGGAUGGAGACGGACGGGUGGACGGAGAGACAGAGCCCUCGGCGGGGGUCCGGGACCCCCGGCUGGGCUCUGCUUCUCCCACUACCUCCUCCGUCGGACCGCAAGCGGAAGGAACUUCCGGACAGACGGACGGGAAGGAAGACCGACCGGCGGACGGAGGGACGGACUGACAGGUACUGGGAAGAGACUGAUGGACGGACUGACAGGAGACAGGAAGAGGACAGGACCUUGUACAGGAGGAAGUCUGAGCCAGGACCUCUGGGAAUCACCUUCAGUGUCUCCUCCCCUCCCCCCGUGGUCGCCCCCUCCCUCUGCGCCCCAGCCCCCCAGGAUGCGCUGGGGGUCUUCCCCCUGGAGACCUACCACAGCGAGCCCGUCCGUCGGGAGACCCGCCGCCUGCGCUCCUACUCCUCGCCCCCGGACACCGGCCCGCAGCACUACAGCCUGCCCCCGCACCGACCCCCCGCUCCUCCUCCUCCUCCUCCGCCGCAUCACCAGGGGUCCCUGUCUCCCUCGGGGGCUAGACAGGUGCAGAUCGGUGCUAACGGGAUGUCGGAGCAACCGGAGCAGGAUGCCGGGGGGGAGGACUCAGAGGAGGACAUCUACAUGCGCUUCAUGAAGUCCCACAAGUGUUAUGACAUCGUCCCGACCAGCUCCAAACUCGUGGUGUUCGACACCACACUGCAGGUGAAGAAGGCCUUCUUUGCACUGGUAGCCAAUGGGGUGCGGGCUGCUCCUCUUUGGGAAAGCAAGAAACAGAGCUUUGUAGGAAUGUUGACUAUCACAGAUUUCAUCAACAUUCUGAACAGAUACUAUAAAUCCCCUAUGGUCCAGAUCUAUGAGUUGGAGGAGCACAAGAUCGAGACUUGGAGAGAGCUUUACCUCCAGGAGACCUUUAAACCCCUCGUACACAUCUCACCCGACGCCAGUAUCUACGACGCUGUGUAUUCGCUGAUCAAGAAUAAGAUCCACCGGCUGCCCGUCAUCGACCCUGUCAGCGGUAAUGCCCUCUACAUCCUCACACACAAGAGGAUCCUCAAGUUUCUGCAGCUCUUUAUGUGUGAGAUGCCACGGCCGGCCUUCAUGCGGCGGCCGCUGGGGGAGCUGGGCGUGGGCACGUACUCGGACAUCGCCUUCAUCCACCCCGACACGGCCAUCAUCAGCGCCCUGGCCGUGUUCACCAGGCGCCGCGUCUCCGCCCUGCCCGUGGUGGACCAGCAUGGUAAAGUGGUUGACAUCUACUCCAAGUUUGAUGUCAUCAACCUGGCAGCAGAGAAGACCUACAACAACCUGGACGUGACAGUGACACAGGCCCUCAGACAUCGCUCCCAGUACUUUGAAGGAGUGAUGAAGUGCAACCGACUGGAAACACUGGAAACCAUCGUGGACCGAAUAGUCAAGGCAGAGGUUCACAGACUGGUGGUGGUCGAUGAAGAUUCCCACAUCGUUGGAAUCGUGUCUCUGUCUGACAUUCUGCAAGCACUCAUCCUGACACCUACAGGUCUUGGUAGGAAAGCCAGUGUUCCCAGUCAGCAGGCCUCUCUAGACCAGGGGGCGACCGGCGACACCGGACUGGAUUCAGUGUACCCGGAUCCAAGUGGAAUGGACCCCCAAGCAGAGACGACUGAGGCAAAACCUGGACCGGAUCCGGAGCAGGAAUCUACUGAAACGGAGAGAGAGACGGAAGCCUGUACAGAGACUGACAGACAAAGGGACACAGACAGACAGACUGAGUCCAACCUAGGAGGAGCUGCUGAACAGCAGACAGACAGAGAGACGGAAUGUGAGACAGACACCCAGCUAGAGGGUGAGACAGGAGGAAUGACGGCAUGCGAGUCAGACGGACAGUUUGAAAGCGAGACAGUAGGAGAGAUAGAGUGUGAGACAGACACACAGACAGUAUGCGAGACUGAAGGGGAGACUGACACACAGACAGUAUGUGAGACUGAAGGGGAGACAGACACACAGACAGUAUGUGAGACUGAAGGGGAGACAGACACGCAGACAGUAUGUGAGACAGAAGGGGAGACAGACACACAGACAGUAUGUGAGACAGAAGGGGAGACAGAGACACAGACAGUAUGUGAGACUGAAGGGGAGACAGACACGCAGACAGUAUGUGAGACAGAAGGGGAGACAGACACGCAGACAGUAUGUGAGACUGAAGGGGAGACAGACACGCAGACAGUAUGUGAGACUGAAGGGGAGACAGACACACAGACAGACGCGUUGAAUGCAGAGGAUGUAGAGUUGGAGUUAGAGAUGGAAAAAAAGACAACCGAAGCAGUAGGAGAAGAGAAAGGUGGAGAG